UUUCCUUAACGAGUAAGUCUCUCCGUGUCCGAGUCCGAGUCGGCGUGCGUGCCAAUAAAACUUAAAACAACUCUCUCUGCUCUCAAUUUUCAAUCAAACAAUUCCAAUACCAAUUUCUCAACUCACUUCAAUUUCAAUUCGAUUCAAUUCAAUUUCAAUGGCGAAACUUGAAGCUAAGCUAGGAAUGAUCGUUGACAAAGUCGGUCAAUUCUUCUCCGGCUCCGACCAUCUUCCCUCCUGCGAUUCCGAUAUCAUCGCCGGAUGUGAAAGAGAGGUUGCUGAGGCUGAGAAACAACCCUCCUCUGAUAAGUCUAUGCAAGAAUCUCUCUUGCGUUUAUCAUGGGCUCUUGUUCACUCUAAACGUCCAGAUGAUGUGCAGCGUGGCAUAGCAAUGCUUCAAUCAUCGUUACCUAGUAUGGUAGACCCGCUGCAGCAGAGGGAGAAUCUUUAUCUUCUGGCUGUUGGAUAUUAUAGAAGUGGUGACUAUUCAAAGAGUAGGGAUCUUGUUGAAAAAUGCCUUGAGAUUGCACCUGACUGGAGGCAGGCAUUGACACUUGAGACGGCGAUUUCGGAACGGAUUACAAAAGAUGGUGUCAUUGGCUUGGGCAUUGCUGCAACUGUUGCUGCAACUGCUGUUGGACUCAUUGCAGGUGGGAUUGCGGCAGCUGCAUCUCGUAAAAGGUGACAGAGUCCUUUCUGAUAAGCAUAUGAUCGCAGAUGAUGUGUAAGAGCAAAACAUAUAUGAUACUGUGAUUUGUUGUAUUUUACUGCUUUUAAAGGAUGGAGCAAACAAUGAUGUGUACAAAAUGGGGGAUAUACUAAUAUCCAAGUACUAGAUAAGAGAUAUGAUGUGUGUUUUCAUGUUUUGAGAAAAUUCUAUAUUUAUGUUUGGUUGUUGUCUCCUUCAA